AUGGGUCGAUCUCAAGGACAGGUACGGGGUCCGAUUUACAACAUCCGGUUAUCGACUGUGGGUGCAACCCGGCCAUCGGAGACCGGCACGACCCACGAACCAACCGGUUUAGACCUAGCCAUGAAGCUCCAUUACCUCAAGGCGGCUUACAUUUACUCGUCCGAGACAGCACGUGACUUGACCGUGGCACACGUGAAAGCGGCUAUGUUCGUGCUCUUCGACCAGAUCGCUUGGACCACCGGAAGGUUCUGGCGGAGAGACUCGGGCCGUCCGUACAUAAAGUGCAACGAUUCUGGCACGCGUUUCGUGGAAGGUGAAUGCAAUCUUACGGUCGACGAGUGGCUCAGUAAACCGGACCAGUCAGUUGAUGAGUUUCUGGUUUACCAUCAACCCAUUGGACCGGAGUUGCCUUUCUCUCCUUUAAUCUAUGUUCAGAUGACCCGGUUUAAGUGCGGAGGAUUAGCUUUGGGCUUUAGCUGGGCGAAUAUAAUGGGAGAUUCAUUCUCUUUAUUCUAUGCCUUUAACUUAUGGGCUAAGGCCAUUUCCGGGGGAAAGAUCUAUAUCCCGAAAACCUCUGACGAAGACAGAAGGUUUCGGAGCCUAAACCCGAGGGUUAAAGAUCCGGAUUCGAUCAAACGGGUCGACCCGGUGGGAGAUCUCUGGGUCACUCCCAACGACAAGAAAAUGGCAAAUUACUGUUUUAGUCUCUCUGUCGCUGACCAGGUUUUACCACAUUUUCCGGCGAUCGGAGAUGGUUAUUUCCCGGUGUUCGAGAUUCUGGCCGGGAUUAUAUGGAAAUGCAUAGCUAAGGUUAGGGAAGAGGCGGAGCCUGUAACUGUCACGAUCAUCAGAAAGGAUCCGAACGAUUUGAAACCUGGAGGCAUUCGCAACAGCCAGAUGAUUAGCUCCGUCCACGUAAGUUUUCCGGUGGCGGAGGCGAAUGUGGAGGAAUUGGUGAAGUGUAUCGAGAAAGCGACGGACGAGAGAUGUGGAAUCGACGAGAUCGGAGAGAGCUGCGAUGGGAAUUCGGAUUUCGUUGUUUAUGGAGCGAAAUUGACGUUUUUGGAUCUGAGCGAAGUUGAUUUGUAUGAGGCGAAAGUGAAAGGGAAGUCGCCGGAAUCAGUGUAUUGUAAUGUUGAGGGGAUCGGGGAGGAGGGAUUGGUGGUUGUUUUCCAGGCGGCGAAAUCGGAGGAGAGAGUUGUGACGAUAACGUUGCCGGAGGAGGAAAUGGAGUGGGUAAAAUUGGAAUUUAAGAAAUGUGGUUUGAUGAUCGCCCCGCAAGAAAUCAACGGCUAA